AUGGCCACAGCCCAACGAAUCCACCUCUCGCCAGCAGCACAUCCGGGAACCUUCUCCGUCCCCGUCUCCACCUCCAGCCCAGAGAACCAGGAGAGCGGGACAGGUACCAUCACCGAAGCCUCAGCCCGCGCAACCAGCGAAGUCCUACAACAUGACCUGGAACAUCAUCAUGUCUUCUUCAAUGAUCAGGGGUUCCACAACCACACCGUCCACCACAUCCUAAGCACCUACGCCCUCGGCGCCUCAGCGGACGAGAUCCGCACAGCCUACGCGCGCGACCGCGCCUACCAGCGCAAGGCGAUCCCCGUCGACGAGGCGACCGUCGCGGCGCUGUCCGACCGCGGCCGGUUUUUGGAGCUGUUGGGGCGAAGGAAGCACUACUCGGAUUUUCUGCGGUUCUUUCAGCGCGAGAUUGAGCGGGUGGGUGUGGAGGAGGUGUUGAAUGUGUAUCUUUUCAAGGAGGAGGAUGAGGUUGCGAGGGCGAUGUUGGGGCGGUUGUUUGGGGGGCUGGUCCACCCGUUCAUCCAUCUGGGCUUCGGCCUGGAAUUCGAGCAGCCGGCCCUCGUGGCCGAGGCACUGGCGCAGACGGCCAUCCAUGAAGACUGGACGGGCCCGAUGUUCUUCUGGCCGGCUGAGGAGAAGGCCGGGGGCGUGGGGCGGCGCGGGAAGAAGGGUCUGCUGGAGAUUUUGGGGGAGAUCCGCCGGGACGAGACGCUGGCGCGCUCAGUGCGUUGGGAGGAUGGGAACAAGAUGCGCGAUGGCGUGUUGGCCCGCGCGGGCGAGACGAUGCUCGCGUACGCGGCCGAGUAUACGGUGUCGGCGGAGCAGCUGGAGGAGCGGACGGCGGAGAUGAUCAAUACCGUGGUAUACUACACCAGCGCCGCCCAACGCCCCACCAAGCAGAUCAAGUUCGACUUCUUCUACCUGCACAGCCUCAACUCCUCCAUCUUCUUCUCCAAGAUCCUCACGCUCCCGUUCUUGGAGAUCAAGACUAAGCUCCGCCUGCUCGAGUGGAAAGGCCGCAUCGACCUCCUGCUCUACGUCUCCCGCGGCACGCCCACGCUGUACCUCGAUGAGAUCCGGACGUAUCCAAUCGCGCACAGCUGGGAGGAGAUCUUCGCCUUCUGCACCCGCCACCCGCAGGACGACGGCCACCUGGCCAAGCUGGUCCGUGCCGUGGCCCACGGGGAGCGGGCUUGUCGGCCGUUCGAGGACGAGCGUCGCUGGCCGAUUAAGGGGGAUAUGUGGCUGAGGAUUGCCAAUAUGGCAAUGGACUCAACAUCCGACCACGAUCAUCAUCCGAUGUGGGUCCGCUCCACCGGGUUUGACCAGGCCUGGCGCGAAUUCGACGGGCGCGCCGAGCUGUAGGGAUGACACUACUAGGCCUGCGUCAUGGUAGGGGUAUUCUGGAAGUAUGUCUAUGCUGGUUUGUGUAAGCAUGGGAAGCUCUCGCGAGCUAUUCUUAGCCCUGAGCGUCAGCAUAAUCAAUGAAUGGUAGAAUCUGCGUGAAUGGAACAAUGAAUGAGAGAGAAGCUGAACCGAUGACAGCGUGGAAAAAAGGCGAAGGGUCGAGAAUGCGGGUUUGCUUUUGCUUUUUGCAGCUUGCACUGCAGCCCCAUCGGGCGAGGAUCACGUGCUGUAUGGGGCUGUGUAUUGUACUGUACUAUGAUCCUCCGUACUUGUACUGUCCGGUAUAAUGGUCACCAGUAUCUCGAGGCUGAAGUAUAGUAUAGUACAGUCCCUUAUUGUUGUAUACUCAUGAUGAUAUCUUGAUGCAAC